UAUGGAUGAAGCAUCAAAGAAUUUGAGGUACGAGUUGAAAGAAGAUUACUUUACUUGCCCCAUUUGCUGCGAAAACUGGCUACAUAGAGAUCCAAGAGUUCUACCUUGUCAGCAUACAUUCUGCAAAGAAUGUUUGAAUCAGCUUCAAUUGAAGAAUAAAGCUAUCGACUUCUUAUGUCCUAUUUGUAGAUCUGCUUUUUAUUGGCCAAUAGAAGGAGCUGAUGGUCUGAUCAGAAAUCGGAUAGCGUGGAAUGUUUUAAGUGUUUCUAAAGAGAAGGAUAAUGUUGAAGAUCUAAGUAACGUUACAUCAGUUUGCGUUGAACAUAAAGCGGAAGUGUUAUUCUUUUGCCGCCAAUGUUGGAAUGUUCCAGUAUGUAAAGAGUGUUGGAAUGAUCAUAAAGAUCACGAUCUAAAACCUUGGUUAGAUUAUUUAGGAAAUGGUAGUUUCCUUAUAAAAUGUAAUACGGUUAUGGAAGAUCUAAAACAAAGAAUGGAAAUUAGUAUGGAUUCAUUGAAUAACGGCGUAGUUGAGAUCGAAAGAAAAAUCCCAGAGUUGAGGAAGAGGGUUAAAAUUAUAGGUGAAGACUUAUUUAAAAAGGAGGAGGCAAGAAUUGAAUCUCUAUAUAAGAAAUAUUCAAUUUUAGUAUCGAAAUUUGAGAAAAUAUCAAAUACUUUAGAAAUAAGAGAUCAGUCUAUUUACGAUCAAACCCUUAUUAAUUUGAUACAGAGUAAUAUCUGUUUAAUAGUUAUAAUCCUUAUAUUUUUUUUAGUCGUAUAUAUAUUUGGUUAA